AUGGGCUCGAGCGCCGACCAGCGGACCACGGUAAUGAUGCGCAAUCUGCCCACCACGUUAUCCCGUGACGAGCUGGUCGAUCUGGUUAAGAGCAAGGGCUUCGAGGAGCAGUUCGAUUUCUUGUAUCUUCCGGCGAAUUUCGUAUCUGCGAGCAAUUUCGGAUAUGCGUUUGUGAAUUUGCUGACUCAUCAGCACGCAGUGCGCUUUCAAAAAGUCUUCGACGGCUUCGCAUCGUGGCCAGCAUCUGGAUGCCACAAUGUGUGUGCAGUGAGUUGGGCAGAUGUGCAGGGACUCUGGGCGAACGUUGUGCGACAUCUCAACAAGGCCAUCAUGCACAAGCAGGACGUGCCAGAUCAUUGCAGGCCCGCUGUGUUCCACCAUGGUCGGCAGAUCCCGCUCCCGCGCGCGACCUCGGAGUCCAGAGCGAUGCUCGAGAGCUCGUCGACUUGUCCAGGGACCACCAAGGUUCGCGGCUCGUUCGGGCAGUUCGUCCGCGUUCCCAUGCGCCCGAGCGUACGCACCACGCUCGACGGGUGA